AAGGAGCACAUAAGCCUACUAUUUUAAGCCCUUUACAAAAGGCCUUGCAACAAGCUACUAAAGAAGGUGAACACAUUCCCGGAUUUUCUUUAGCAUAUCCAGUUCUUGAGGAUGCUCAACAACAAAGAUAUUAUGAACCCAUUCCUUUUAAACAACUAAAAGAAUUAAAAAUGGCCUGCGCUCAGUAUGGACCUACUGCUCCUUUUACUCAGGCCAUUAUUGAGAGUUUAGGAAAUCAAUAUCUGCCUUCAAAUGAUUGGAAACAAGUAGCUCGUGCCUGCUUAUCUGGAGGUAAUUUUCUACUCUGGAAAUCAGAAUUUUAUGAAAAUUGCGCAGCUACGGCUACUAUUAAUCAGAGACAAGGUAUUCAAAUUACUAUGGAACAGUUGACUGGAGAAGGACAAUAUCAUGACACUAAUUCCCAACUAGGAUAUUUACCUGGGGCCUAUCCUCAAAUAAAUGCAGCAGCAUUAAAAGCAUGGAAAAGGCUGCCAAAUUGAAACAAAACAGAAGAUUUAUCAAAAAUUCGACAGGGUCCUGACGAGCCAUACCAAGAUUUUGUUGCUCGUCUUAUGGAAACUAUUGGUAAGGUUAUAGGGGAUGAACAGGCAGGAAUGGUCUUAGCAAAACAACUAGCUUAUGAAAAUGCUAAUUCUGCUUGCGAGGCAGCCCUUAGACCUUACAGAAAAAAGAGUCAUUUAGCUGAUUUUAUACGAAUUUGUGCUGACAUAGGGCCAUCUUAUGUCCAAGGAAUAGCCCUAGCUGCUGCCUUGCAAGGGAAAACUGUAAAGGAAGUCUUGUUUCAACAAAACCGUCCCAAACAUAAUUUUCAGGGAACUUCCAGAGUUGCUGGACCCCCUGGCAGUUGUUAUGCUUGUGGCCAAUUAGGGCAUCAGGCAAAUCAAUGCCCUAAAAGGGGACAACAGCCAACGGGCCAAGAUACAUUAGUCACAAGCCCAGGUUUAUGUCCCAAAUGUAAAAAAGGAAAACACUGGGCCAAAGACUGCCGAUCUAAAACUGAUAUAAACGGGCAACUUCUGAACCAGGGAAACUGGGUGAGGGGCCAGCCCCAGGCCCCGAAAUAAUGUUAUGGGGCAUUUCAGGCAACCUCCCAGAUCAGUCACAAUCCGUUUCUUCCCAGACAAAUAUUUCAGACCUCUAUAGAGCAACCCCGGGAAGCGCAGGAUUGGACCUCUGUGCCUCCACCUACACAGUAUUAA